ACACAAACCGGGCUUACAGCCAAUCAGAGAGUAAGUUCGGGGGAGAGUACAGAGUAGCAAACUCCCAGGCAAAGUUGUGCGGAGAGACUUGUGUGUUUUCUCAGGAGCAGCCGGGAUUUCACUGUGCGAGGGACCCACGAGCGGCUGCGACUAAACUAGCGGGUGUCUCAGACUAUAGAAGUGUCUCAGAUCCAGUCUGUACGAGUCUGAGGAUAGAGAAUCUGCGGGGUCUCAGCCCAGAGCAACUUGGCUAUAGAUCUAAUUGCCCCGAGCUGAUCGGUGACCCCUGGAGCUACCAGAUAAUAAUAACGGUGCAAAGUGAGAGAUAAUCGGGUGCCCAGUGUUCCCCGGGGUCGGGGGCAGAGAUGUACGCCACUGGAUUGGCCCCGUUUUACGCCUCUUCCCACUUGAACCUGUGGCCGGCGUAUUGCACUGGCGCAGCCGCGAGUGGGGCCGUGGGAUUCGCAGCUCUGGACACUGCCAAGAAACCCUCCUUCUGCAUCGCUGACAUUUUACACGCUGGCGACCCCGACAGCCCCCCAUGCUCCUCAGCCCUGACUGUGGGGGUCAUGCACCCGGCCCAAUACCAGUCUGCUGCUGGCUCCCCACUCAGACCCACUCCGGUCACCCCUGAGUCCGGCUUCCACCACAGACUGUCCCCUCUGCCCCACUACCAACCGCACCGGGCGCUGAGUCUCUGCACCAACAACUCCGGCAGAGCGAGAAUGCACGGGAGCAGCCUGCCAGCGCCCUCCAGCAAAGACCUCAAGUUCGGCAUCGAUCGGAUCUUAUCUGCUGAGUUUGACCCCAAAGUGAAGGAAGGGAACACGUUGAGAGAUCUGACCUCGAUAAUCAGUACGGGCCAGCAGUCAGGGCUUCUGGGCCAGCACAUGCAGUCGCCAGCUGGCCACUUCUUCGCUCCUCUAGAGCCCCUGGGCGAGGCCUCCUCCCUCCUGGGCCAGUUAAACAGCAGCCAGAGGAGCUCAGCGCAGCAGCAGUUUCAGGACACUUUUCCAGGACCCUACGCGGUGCUGACCAAGGACACGAUGCCCCAGACCUACAAGAGAAAACGCUCCUGGUCGCGGGCUGUUUUUUCUAACCUGCAGAGGAAGGGCCUGGAGAAACGAUUCGAGGUGCAGAAAUAUGUUACCAAGCCGGACAGAAAGCAGCUGGCAGCCAUGCUGGGUCUCACUGAUGCACAGGUGAAAGUCUGGUUUCAGAACAGGCGCAUGAAGUGGAGGCACUCUAAGGAGGCCCAAGCACAGAAGGACAAGGAGAAGGAGGAGGAGGCUGAGAAGCCUGAGGCCCCCUGCUCAGGGGAAGUACAUAUGGACAGAAGCAUUAGCCCCUACAGAUCAGAAGGGGAGAGCGAGAGCAGUGAAUGUGAGUCCUUGGACAUGAUGCCCAGUGACAAUGAAAGGACUGAAACCCCCAGCGAGCCACAGCCCACCAGUGUCAUCAAGUCCUCCCCACAGCACUGUGCCCCCCUCUCAGAAGCACCCACUCCACCGAGCCCCCCAUUACAAUAAACCUGGGUACCCCGGAGACUGAAUGAUGAAAGUGGCUCAUUAAUUUAUCUUUGACUUUUGUGGGAGACCCCAGUGUUGGACAAGCUGAGAAGACAAUGGCUGGACCAAGCUGGUGCCACUGCUUUAUCCCUACCUGCCACUUGGGAGCUGACACUCAGACUUCCAAUCCCAGUAGGUGAGAGCGGGACUAAUAGUUGUUUCUCACUCAUGGAUUAUUAUCUCUGCAUGGGUGGGGCUGUGCCUUACCCUCUUAUCUAGAUUGUAAAGAACUGACUGCCCCUCAGUUGGUCUGAAAAUCAGCCCACUGCACCUCGUUUACCAAAUGUAAGUGACCCUAGGUGUGUGCAUAAGGAUGAGUGGGAUUAAGAGGGUGUCAGCACAUACUCGAGGAUCUGAGGAGACUGGGACCAUCUGUUUAAAGGGCAUGUAAGUGUUUGCUAUUGGUGCUGUCAGCAUUCUGAUUCCUCCUUGCAGUGUUCCUUUCUGUACUUAGGGUUGUCACCUUUUCUGGAUAAAAAUACCGGACUUCUUAUAUAUUUAUCUUUUUUCCCUAUUAAUAACAUUGGGAUCAACCAUCAUUUUUACUGGCCAGGCCAGUAAAAUACCGGCCAGGUGGCAACCAGACUGUACUUCCAGGGACAGUCACGCCAGAAUAUGCCUUUUCCUUGCAUCAAAACCCUUAUUCCCAUAUUAGAAAAGUUUUCAUCCUAUAUGUGCCUGGAAAGCCAUGGAUGACAUUUGACCCCUACUUAUCAGCACUUAAAUAAUAAAAACCAUUGUAUUCUAAAUGGCUAAUUUGUUACCUCCUGUCAGAAAAACAUUGUUUAAAAAAUGCAAAAUCACACUACAAUGGAUUUAAAUAUAGAUUUAGCCAUUAUUCUAUUUUUUUUUGGUGUUACUGACCCUUUAAUAGGGCAGUUUUCAAACUAGAAUCUAAAAUUCUAGGCCCAGUGAAAUCACCCUGACUGUGGAAAAAGUCAUUAUUAAGUAAACAGAAGUGGAUUAUAAAGUAAAGGGGCAUUUGGAUCUAAUUCUUGUAACCCAUAGCAACCAGUCAAUAGGUGAAAUUUACUGCUCACCUGUUUGAAAGCAAGAAAAAAAAGGUAAUCAUUUUUUUUGGAAGCUUUAAUCUGAUCCACAAAAAAAAGGCAACAUGCCCCAGCUGAACAGGAUUUAAAGUAUAAUAUUUUGCUAAGGAGAUGUUGGACCUUGCUCUGUGCCAAAAGAGAACCCCCAGUUAGGAUCAUUAGUGUAACAGAACUUGGGGUAAAUAAAGGGCAAAUUAGCUUCUAGACCAGGGUAUGUGCCCCCCUGUGAUUAGUCCACUGCAGGAACCAAAGUGGAGAGAGGAAUCCAGACAAUUCUCUUUAUUCUUCACCCCUUAAUGGAUUUCCAGCAUGUGCUCUGUUCUGUGAUCUGCUCUCUAAAGGCAUCAAAAUGUGAAAGUAGUUUGAACAUGCAGACUCUUUGCUAAGUGUAUCUGUCUCUAGCCAUGCACUGAACAUACUGUAAAUAAAAUGUUUAUUAUGGUUUUACAGCAA